AUGCCUGUUGCCGUUGCUACACCUAAGCCCUCGGGCGGGCUCAAAUCGUACUACCAGGCGAAGAUUGAAGCCGCGGAGCUCGAAAUCAACCAGAAGACCCAGAACCUCCGCCGUCUAGAGGCACAGCGCAAUGCACUCAACGCGCGAGUGCGGUUACUACGCGAGGAGUUGCAGUUACUCCAUGAGCCCGGAAGCUAUGUCGGGGAGGUCGUCAAGGUCAUGGGCAAGAAUAAGGUGCUGGUGAAAGUGCAACCCGAGGGGAAGUACAUCGUCGACUUUGACUCGGAGAUCGACGUUGCCUCUCUUACCCCUUCACUCCGCAUCGCCCUCCGUUCCGACUCUUACACAAUACACAAAAUCCUGCCCAACAAAGUAGACCCGCUCGUUUCGCUCAUGAUGGUUGAGAAGGUUCCGGACAGCACGUACGAGAUGGUUGGUGGUCUCGACAAGCAAAUCAAGGAGAUUAAGGAGGUCAUCGAGCUGCCCGUCAAGCACCCCGAACUCUUCGAGUCCCUCGGUAUCGCCCAGCCCAAGGGUACCCUCCUCGCGCGCGCGGUUGCGCACCACACCGACUGCAAGUUCAUCCGCGUCUCUGGCUCCGAGCUCGUGCAGAAGUACAUAGGCGAGGGCUCGCGCAUGGUGCGCGAGCUGUUCGUCAUGGCGCGCGAGCACGCGCCGUCGAUCAUCUUCAUGGACGAGAUUGACUCCAUCGGCUCCUCGCGCGGGGAGAGCGGGUCCGGCGGCGGGGACUCGGAGGUGCAGCGGACGAUGCUCGAGCUCCUCAACCAGCUCGACGGCUUCGAGCCGACGAAGAACAUCAAGGUCAUCAUGGCCACCAACCGGAUAGACAUCCUCGACUCGGCGCUGCUCCGCCCAGGUCGCAUUGACCGCAAGAUCGAGUUCCCGCCGCCCGGGCCUGAGGCUCGUGUCGCCAUUCUCCGCAUCCACUCACGCAAGAUGUCGCUCCAGCGUGGCAUCAACCUUCGCGCGCUUGCAGAAAAGAUGGGUCAAUGCUCGGGUGCCGAGGUGCGCGGUAUCUGCACAGAGGCGGGCAUGUACGCGCUCCGUGAGCGGAGGCAACAUGUGACGCAGGAGGACUUUGAGUUUGCGGUGGCCAAGGUAUUGAAGAAGAACCAGGAAGGAAACACCUCGGUCAACAAGCUGUUCUCGUGA